AUGUUCGUAUUUGAUGGUCAUUUGACGAAAUCACAGCAUAUCCGAGCCGGUUCUACGUACCGGAAUGACCCGAAGAUUUUCGGCCAAGGGCUGUCAACCCAGCAACAACAACUAUACAACCUUCUGCACCUUCUGGCAUUGCUGCUCCGCAUCCUACUGGUCCGUGCCGGAGUUGAAGUAAAUCCCGGACCAUGGUUCUGCACGGUUUGCCAGAACCUACUGCACCACAUGUCAACACAAUUAAGGUGCAACUCUUGUUUGGGCUGGUGUCACCUUAGGAAUUGUUCCGGACUUAAUCAUGAAAGGGAGUGGUCGGAGAAUUACGUUGCACCAUUCUGCCAGCGAGGUAGUUCAUCGGCGUCUUCGGCAUCAUCGUCGUCAUCCUACGCCACACCUCCACCCUCCCCACCGCAAUCACAACAACGGCAGCAAGUACAACAACAGCAACAACCACCGCCGCUCACACCAUCGAUUGCAGUCCGUAGACCUGGGGUGAUAUCCAUAUUGCAGUUGAACUGCAAUGGCCUCCAAGGGAAAAUUUCUGAGAUAACCCGAUUUAUGCGCCAACACAACAUCGUGGUCGCUGCGGUCCAGGAGACAAAACUUACGAGUAAUUCCAGUCUGCAAAGUUGCAACGGAUACAACGUUCUCCGAAAAGACCGCACCAGAGGCAACGGUGGAGGCAUCGCAUUUAUUAUACACAACACCGUGCAGUAUAGAGCUCUUUCUCUCGAUCUGAAUUCUAGAGACCAAUAUCUUGAAGUUCAGGGUAUUGCGGUCAGAUCGGGAGAUACGGAGUUGGAGCUCUAUAAUGUCUACAUUCCGCCAGUAGCCAGCUGUCCAACAGGCUACCAUCCCGACAUUAGGAACUUACUAGAUGGUGAUACUCGUCUGGUCCUAGGGGAUUUUAACGCUCAAGGAACAAGGUCCUCAAAGCACUAG